GGAAGCUAUCUGGUCCAGGUGGGAACUUGAGUGGAUCUUCUAGUGCACCAGAAUCUGCUCAUCGGGAUGUCCUCCCAGCAGAGCAUGGCUUCCGCCAAGGGCUUUUCCAAGGGGUCUUCGCAGGGCUCGGCUCCGUGCCCCGCCCCGACGCCUGCGCCUGCGCCCUCGUCCUCGUCGUCCUGCUGCGGCCGUGGCUGCUGCGGCUCCAGCUCGGGCUGCUGCGGCGGCUCCAGCUCCACGGGCUGCUGCUGCUUCCCCAGGAGGCGUCGCCGGCAGCGCGGCAGCGGCUGCGGCUGCUGCGGGGGCGGCCAGAGGUCCCAGAGCUGCUCGUCCCAGAGCACCGGCUGCUGCGGCGGCUGCUGAGCGAAGACCCGCCUGGCCUGCGUCCCCUCGCCCGGUCUCAGCUCGUACUCCCGUGCUCUCUUCCCGGGAGCUAGCCCACUGCUCCUGGAUGUUCGGAACCCCCUGCCCCACCCCUCGCCCUCUGCCAGCGUGAUUUUCCUCUCUGGAUGCCUGAGAGCUUCGGAAGGACCCUGCUGUGUGCAAGGGCUUGCACGCAGUGGAGCUCAAUCAAUGCCUACUGAUUCCAUUGUCCUGUGAAGACGUGACAA